GUAUUGCCACCCGGCAGCAACUGAGUCACUCAUUUUAGUAUUAUUGUGGACGUAGAAGUUUGGAAAAGUAUCUUUCAUCGAUAUUUCAUGGUGCUUGAUCCCUUGAGGUACUGCAGUGUGGACUCAAGCCCUCUGUCGAAAUAUGUUUCACAUCCGUUCUGGAACUGGGUUGUGCAGUUUUAUCCGACUUGGCUGGCACCAAAUGUAUUGACGCUCACCGGAUUCAUAUUUGUUAUGUUCGCAUUUUUGGUCGUCUCAUAUUACGAUUAUUAUGUUGCAGCCAAUUCGAAUGUUCUCGCCGAAAAUUCCGGGAAAACUUUCUUUUCUGCGUUCAUUUUAAAUUUAAUUCCCCAAGAUGGAAUUUUUCCUAUUGCUGGGGUUUAAUUUCAUUAGUUUUUAACGAAGAUUUUCUGUCACUGGUAGUAAUGGUGAAACAUGGUGUUCCUUAGGCCCUCGUUUAAAUUUAUUUGAAUUAUUAUGGUGGCGUGUACAAGCAGAUUGGAGAGGUUGUUUCUGAAGGCUCUUGAGGAAUAGCGUCAGCUAAAUAAUUACCCAGCAGAUAUUCUACAUAAGAGAUUAUUUGGCGUAAAAGAUGUAAAUUCCUAUUAUAUUUACUCUCCUUAUUUAUCAUUGUGAUUCGAUAUUUGAAAUUGCAGAGUCAAUCCCCGAUUGGGUCUGGUUGCUAUGCUCGAUUUGUACUUUUGUUGGGCAUACAUUAGACGGUACCGACGGUAAGCAGGCACGUCGCAUGGGAGUAUCCGGACCAACCGGUGAACUUUUUGAUCAUGGUUUGGAUUCGUGGUCUACAGUUCCACUUACGCUAACUAUUUUCUCCAUCUUUGGACAAGGUGAAUUUAGUCUAUCACCGGUUCGACUUCUUCUAGUUUUAAUCAGUGUCCAAGCGGUGUUCAUCGUUUCACAUUGGGAAAAAUAUAAUACCGGAAUUUUAUUCCUCCCGUGGAACUGUGAUUUGAGUCAAGACGGGCUUACUCUACUUUACUUAUUUGCAUUUUUCAAAGGCAAUGAAUACUUCAAGUUUUAUGUUUUCGAUGGUUUUACAAUGGCUGUUUGUUUUGAAUUAGGUUUCUAUGUGUGUUGUUGCAUAUCGUUGGUGGUAUCAGCUCGAAACAUUUAUUUAUCUUAUUUUGUAGACCACACUGGAAAACAGGACAACUUUUACGAAAUGUGCUUACCUCUGUAUCCAUCCUUAAUUUUGUUUUCAAUUUCGGUGCUUUGGGCAAUGUAUUCUCCUGGAAAAAUUGUUGAACGUGACCCUCGUCUUUAUCUCUAUACUAUGGGGACCGUUUUUUCGAAUAUUGCAUGCAGACUGAUCGUCGCGCAGAUGUGCAAUACUCGUGCGGAAAUAUUUAAUUUAUGCCUAGCAAUAUAUUCAGUCGUUGCCAUAACAUCACUGUCGGGUUUUUUAUCAGUUUAUCAGGAACUGAUUUUUUUGCGACUUGGUGUCAUUAUCAUAACUCUUACUCACUUACAUUUUGGAAUUUGUGUGGUGCGUCAACUAUGUAAACAUUUUAAAAUCUAUGCUUUUUCACUGCAUUAUUUACAACAAUCAUCAGAAACAUUACGGUGAACGAACUGCUGGUGAUGUUUACGACUUUUAAUGACUUACAGUUGGUCUAUUUUGCAUUUUCAAUCCCAAAUUUAGAUAUUUGAUUUUUGGUUGUAGCAUAAUUUACACAGCUGAUAUAUUGGCAACAGCUAAAUUUGUUUCGGUUGCGUAGGUUAUUGCGCAUUUAACUGUUGGUUUAGGUUACUCUUUUCCAACUGUACAUUUUAAUCCAGUGCUCAUGAUUUAUUACAUGGUCAACUUCUUACAAAUAAUAGUUUUGUUCUUUUUCUUUAUUCUCGUUUUGCUCUAUAGCCCGCUUUAUGCGAAGGCAUGGUAAUUUCCUUUUGGUCUAAUUUUCUGGGCGGAUCCUAAAAGAAGUUCAAGAAACUUGAAAGGAAGUUUUACAAGCUAUACCAGGAACCAUUUAAUUUGGUCAUUUCAAAACUGCUUGAUUUUGCCUAAAAGCCAAUGCUGAUAUUUUGUGGUCCCAACUUACUGUAUCUACUAGCAAAUGGGAGACAUUGUUCGUUCGAAUUUUUAUUUGAAUAUGUCUCUUCAUUAACUUUCCAUUUCGUUGUCGAACUUAGAUUCUUUGAUUUUUCUAUAAUUUUUAGAUGAACAUCGGUGUAAUAAUAUCUUAAAAGAUCAUAGUAAUAGUUUCUGAAGAAAUACCAAGUUAUCCUGUUGCUUGUAGUAGUCAUCGCUCGGAUAAUCUUAUUACAUUGCUAACUGGCAAGAUUUAACCGUAAACAUAUCACUUAUCUUUUUUAUGCAGCAGUUUACCAAAUCGUGAGUCGCAAGGUUGAAAGGCUGGAAUCUUUUUUCAGUUGUUAAUUUGUUUGCUUAAUUACUUAUUACCUUUCUUAAUCAUUACCUUCUGUUACAGGCAGUAUAUUUUCUAUAUGUUUGCAGUUAUUUAAGUAAUAUUUAAUUUGUUUUCAUCUUGUAUUUUGCUAACAAUUUAGUAAGUUUAUAGGCUGCACUGUAUUCACGUUGUUAUCAUUUGUCCGUAUUUUUCUUCGAUGAAAAGUGCCAGAAUUCUAAACGAAAUUUUCGAGGACUGAUUAUUUAAUUAUGCGGAACUGAUAGAAGUAAUAAAAAUUUCUAUACUCCCG